AUGAAGGACCUGGACAGUGUCCUGUCGAACCCUUCAGCCCGACAGUGCACCCAUCUUACAGAUGUCUCAUGUUCUAACGGAAGCACCGAAGCACUGCCCUGUCUUGCUGCUGCAGUCCGUAUCACAAGUUUGUUCCAAAGCUCAGAAAUGGGGCGUCCACGGAUUGUAUCGUCUACACAGCUCCGGGGAGGUGCCGAACGAGUGGCCUCGCACCGGGCCACGUCAACGUGGAUCCUCCGCUCUACCAGGAAUAUUUGGCGUUCCAAGUGCCAGUGCUUGAGAAACAUCUUGUGCGCCUGUGUGGUGCCAAGCUUUGUUCUUCGCACCGUGGCACAAGCUGACCGUUUGACCCACUGCUGCGGCCGAAGCAUGUACAGAGGCCUUUUGCGAGCACUUAGCUAUUGGUUUUGGCAUUUGGUGUAUAUAAUUCAGCAAAUCCUCACGGAGGUUGAUUCUGGGGAAGUGUGCAAAGCUCUAAGAUCUUCUAUCCCUGAGGAUGGUUUUGUAACACUGUGGAGGCUUCUGAGGCCGUUUGUGCGUUGUAAGCCUCCACCUAUUGCGUGA